AUGAAGUUCGUAGAAAAGGCCAAGUCCGAUUUUAGGACAGACAGCACUAUCAACACGGUACGAGAGGAGGUCACCUCUGGAUUGCCAAGGCUACCUUUGGCAAUUGGCCAGUACCUCAUCCAGAAAGUUCCCAUAGUCCAAUGGCUUCCCCAUUAUAAUCCCAAAUGGGUAAUUUCCGACUUCACAGCGGGAAUGACUAUCGGUGUCAUGACGAUUCCACAAGCACUCGCUUACGCCAAAAUUGCGAAAAUCCCGGGAGAGUUUGGUCUGUACUCAAGUUGGUUGCCGGCGGCCAUCUAUGUGUUCAUGGGGACGUCCAAGGAUUUGUCCACCGGCCCGACCUCCAUCAUGGGUCUGUUGACGGCAGAGAUCAUCAGUGACCUCAAGACCGAGGGGUAUGCCGCACAAGACGUCUCAUCGGCUAUCGCUUUGGUUGUUGGAAUCUACUCACUUAUCGUCGGUUUGUUGAAGAUGGGGUUCCUACUGGAAUACAUUUCCGUUCCGGUGCUGUCGGGGUUUCUUUCUGCCGCCGCUAUCACCAUCCUUCUUAGUCAAGUUGGGUCAAUCGUCGGCCUCAGCGAUGUCCCAUCUGGUGCAUCCAAGAGCAUCGAAAACAUUCUCAGACGCAUUCCCGAGAUGAAACCACUGACCAUCGUUAUUGGACUUAGUAGCCUUUUGCUGCUUUAUAUCCUGGAAUUCAUCGGCAAAAAAUGGGGGAAGAGUAGUGCCUCCAUAGCGCUCAUUUGCAGCAGUCGGGCUGCAAUUCUCUUGCUCGUCUACACUACGAUCAGCUUCUUAGUCAACAAGGACAGAGAGGAACCCUUAUGGACUAUCAGCAAAGUCAACGCCAAUGGCCUCCAAGUCCCUAAGGUCCCGACCUCUGACUUGAUUUCCAAAGUGGCCAUCAGAGCGAUCGCUCCAUUGGUAGCAUCGGCCCUCGAGCAUUUGGCCAUUGGGAAAUCGUUCGGUCUCAAGAACAAAUACGCCAUAGACGAAAGCCAGGAGCUUUGCUAUCUCGGAAUCACCAAUGCCGUCAACAGCGUUUUCGGAGCGAUGAGCGUUGGAGGCGCAAUGUCAAGAACAGCCGUGAACUCAGAAUGUGGCGUCAAAAGCCCUUUGAGUGGCAUUUUCACUAGCGGAUUUAUCCUUCUGACUUUGUAUAAACUGUCAGAUGCUCUGUUCUGGAUCCCUAAAGCGACGCUCUCUGCAAUCAUUAUCAUGGCAGUUAUCCACAUCGUGGGGCCUGUUUCUCUGUUUUACCGCUACUGGCGAAUCUCAUUCAUGGACUUUGUGGCUUCGAUGCUGUCCUUCUGGGUCACUCUUUUCGUAUCCACCGAGAUGGGAAUCGCUUCUGCGGUCAUGUUCAGCGUCGGGUACACCCUAAUCCGGUCGGCGUUUCCGAAAGUCAGGACAUUUUCCGCUACUGGUGCGAAGAAUCGAAAGAUCCCAUCAGGGCAGGCUACUAACCCUCCGACGGCUGAGGAUAUUCCCGUUCCCGAAGACACCAUGCUGAUCAGCUUCACCGACUCCAUCUACUUUCCCAACGCUGGCCGUAUCAAGAAGUUAGUCCUUGACUCUGUCAAAGUCCAUUUCGAGAAACAACCGGCUGUUGACGAAGAAGUCGGUAUAUCUGCUGAACGUUCGUGGAGCGUGGCAUCAAUGAAGCGUAUUGAAAUGCUGCGAAAGCGCGACAGUGUUGUGCCCUCGAGUACGUCGAUGACUGUCAUGGUCUGGGAUCUGACCCAAGUGCCCUUUAUCGACGUAACCGGAGUUCUAACGCUAUGUGAGCUGAAAGAGGAGGUGAAGCAGCACGUAGGAAAACAGAUGUCUCUAAGACUUGUAGGAAUGAACAACAAAACUCGAUGCAGGUUCUCUCGCGCUGGAUGGACGGUUGUCGAGGACCGCGAGGUGAACGACGGAACAAUCGGAGAUGUUGAUGUUUUAUAUGAGAGACUCGAGACGGCCCUCUGGGAUAGAGACGACGCUGUUGAGCAGCAGAAGACUGCUUUACAGGAAAAGCCUUAUUACAGCAACUCGGGAGUAAGGCUCAUCCCUCGCGCCCUUGAUGAUAACGGCGAGAUGGUGGAAUCGAUACAACCAGGCGCGACCGUUUUCAAUCAGUAA